GAGAGAGUCUUAUUGGAGGGAAGCGAGAGCGGUUAAUUUAAUUCCAGUGGUGGUAGCUUGACGAAGAAGGUGUGCAGAUUAAGAGAGAGAGAGAAUCUACCUUUGUGCCUGCCUAGUGGGGGGCGUAGGUUAAUCCAUCCCCAAUUCCCAGUCUUCUUUCUGUAUUCUCUCUCUUCGAUGCGACUCAUCCAUGUCGAAAAUGAAACACUUACUCCGGAAGCUUCACAUCGGUGGUGGACACUUCGCCGAUCAUCACCCCCACCCACCUGUGAAUAUCAGUCCUCCACCGCCUCCUCAAGUGGCGCCGUCUGAUUUGGCAAGUUCACCGACGGACGUGUCGGCGACCUCUUCUUCUUCGUCCGCAUUGACGAGAUCAAAUACGGCGGUUGAGUCGGCGGAGAAUUUGAAUUCCGAUUCCUUGGAUUUCAAUUUCUUUGAAGAGGAAUUUCAGGUUCAGCUUGCGUUGGCGAUCAGUGUUUCGGAUCCAGAUGCGACUGAAGAUCCCGACACGGCGCAGAUCCAGAAGGCCAAGCAGAUAAGCUUGGGUUUGGGAUUGGGUUGCUCGCGGCCUUCUGAAACCCUCGUUGAGUGUCUUUCUCUUCGGUAUUGGAAUUAUAAUGUUAUAAAUUAUGACGAGAGAGUGAUGGAUGGGUUUUAUGAUGUAUAUGGAAUCAAUUCAACUCUGCUGGGGCAAGGCAAAAUGCCUUUACUGGUGGAUCUCGAUGCAAUUUCUGUUUCAGAUAAUGUAGAUUAUGAAGUUAUUAUAGUGAACCGUGGGGCUGACUCGGAACUGCGACAGCUUGAGGAAAAGGUGUAUAUCAUGUCAAUGGAGUGUCAAGGUUUUUAUGAUGGCUCAAUUAUGAGUGGUUUGAUCCAGAAAAUUGCUGACCUUAUUGUUGGUAGAAUGGGUGGUCCGGUUAGUGAUGCUGAGGAAAUGUUGAGAAGAUGGACUGCCAGGAGUUAUGAAUUGCGGAAUUCUUUAAACACUAUAAUCCUUCCCCUUGGCUGUCUUGAUGUUGGACUUUCACGCCACAGGGCCUUGCUCUUUAAGGUUCUUGCUGAUAGGAUCAACCUUCCGUGUAUGCUGGUCAAAGGGAGCUACUAUACUGGCACUGAUGAGGGAGCUGUGAACUUUAUUAAGGUUGAUAAUGGAAGUGAGUUCAUUAUUGAUUUAAUGGGUGCUCCGGGCACACUAAUUCCUGCUGAAGUAUCCAGCAGUCAUCGGAAAAAUUCUGGGUUAGAUCUGCGGAGCUUUUCAUCCAUUGCCGACUUUGUAGAAAAUCCUUGUUCAGUGCUUGAAGAAGGAUAUGGAACAAGGGCAGUUUCACCUAAACUUGACAGAGUUGCCAAAGUUGGGAAUUCAAAUUUAACAGAAGCAUCUUCUCUUAGCAUUCAGUCAAAACGGGGUGACAAGAAUGUUGUGGAGAAAAAUCAAAUUGAGAGGUUUGAGCAUGAGUUUGGGAAGCUUCAUCCACCACUAGGCAGAUCGCAUGAAGGCUCAUCAGGUGCUCACGAGAAAGCAUCAGCUGCACAAAAGAUGCAAGUUAAAGAUGUUUCUGAAUGUGUCAUUAGCGCAGCCAAAAACCCAGAAUUUGCUCAAAAACUUCAUGCUGUUUUGUUAGAAAAUGGUGCAUCACUGCCUCCUGAUUUGUUGUCAAACAUAAAUCUUUGUAAUCUGGGAGAAGAAGAAUUGCUUGAAAAUAUUCGGCAAUCAAAUUUGAGAAUGGUGGCUGGUGAGGCUCAAUGUUCUUCGGAUAUGCUCUUGUCAAACAAUGAGCAAUCUAUUAUACCCUUCAGUGGAGGGCAUUGGUUUUCAGCAAAACAGCAGGAACUGAAGUCCACUAUCAUGAAUCGUGGACAGGCUGUACCUUCUGAUACUGCAAAUGAGGAAUUUGUGCUUAUCAGUAGCGGACAUAAAGAAAUGAGCCAGGCUGAUGAUGCAGCUUUGUGUAAUGGUUUUGCUGAUCCAUCUCGACUGGUUUCAAGAGCUUCAGAUGGGGAACAUACUUAUGAAUUUUCUAUGUUUCUGGCUGCGAAACCUUUUGAAGGACAACCUAAAAGUGCUCUUCAUUGUGAUGAGAAAAAUGAAAACAAGUUAGGAAUGGUUUUAGAUACUGGAAAAGACAAAGGGGCUGUAGCAAAAGUUGAUGUUUGCACAACACAGAAUGGCAGUAUUAACCCAGUGCUGGGUGAGGCUGCUGAAUGGGAAAUUUUAUGGGAAGAUCUUCAGAUUGGAGAACGAAUUGGAAUAGGUUCAUUUGGUGAGGUUUAUCGUGGAGAAUGGAAUGGCACUGAAGUCGCUGUGAAGAAGUUCAUGAACCAAGAUCUAUCGGGUGAUGCACUGUUGCAGUUUAAAUGCGAAAUUGAAAUCAUGUUAAGAUUGAGACAUCCUAAUGUUGUUCUUUUCAUGGGAGCGGUUACUCGUCCUCCAAACCUCUCCAUUUUGACCGAAUUCCUACCGAGGGGGAGUUUAUAUAAGCUGCUCCAUCGUCCAAAUGUUCAAAUUGAUGAAAAGAGGCGAAUGCGAAUGGCUCUUGAUGUGGCAAAAGGAAUGAAUUACUUGCACACGAGCCAUCCUAUCAUUGUUCAUCGUGAUCUGAAGACUCCAAAUCUCCUUGUUGAUAAGAACUGGAUUGUUAAGGUUUGUGAUUUUGGUAUGUCGCGCAUGAAGCACCACACGUUUCUGUCUUCAAAGUCUACUGCUGGAACGCCUGAAUGGAUGGCACCAGAAGUUCUGAGGAAUGAACCAUCUAAUGAAAAAUCUGAUGUGUAUAGUUUCGGUGUGAUUUUAUGGGAGCUUGCAACUUUGCGUGUACCAUGGACCGAGAUGAACUCUAUGCAGGUUGUUGGAGCUGUUGGGUUUCAGGAUAGACACCUUGAUAUUCCAAAUGAGGUUGAUCCAAUGGUCGCGGAACUAAUAACCGACUGUUGGAAUCUUGUUCCACAUGUGCGCCCAUCUUUUGGACAAAUUAUCACCCGUCUCAGGUGUCUUCAGCGUCUAGUUGUUGACAGAACAAAAAAUCAUAGAAAUCAACAAUAUGGCCGACAACAAUGAAAACUGUUGUUUCUGGGACUCAAAAGAGCCGAAGCACAGCAGAGGUUAUGGUUGCAAAAGUCUUCAAGAUGAAAAGAAACACGAGUUCAGUGGAUUGGGAAGUGUGGAUUCAUUCGAAGUGGGGAUCAGCACAGCCAGUUCGGAACAAGGUCGAACAUUCUCCAAAUCGACAGUUGCACGAAGUGCAGGGGGAGGAUACCAUUAGGAGGUAGCUUUUAGUAGCAAUAGUGGGUUGUGAGGGAGUGUACCGAAAAUUGAAAACUAAAAAAGAAAGGAAAAAUAAUGACCAAAAACUUCUUUUCUUUGUGGCAAGUGUAGUUACACUGUUUAUAUGUAAGCCGUCCCAAAUAUGAAAAAAUGUUUUUUUUUUUUUUUUCCUUUUCUUUUCUUAAAAAAAAUGGCAUCUGUGAAGGCUGUCGGGGAAGCAAUUGUGGCUUCAGAGUUGUAAACAUUUGGUCUCUGGCCUCGGGCCAAUCAUUGUGUUAAUAAAAAGCAAAAAAGGAAAGGGAUUAUUU